GGUUGGGAAAGACGCUGGUCGGAUUGAGACUCGGCGGCUACCGUAGCGCGACCGGGAAGGAGAGUUUGGCCACUGCGCGUGCGUGUGGCUUGGGUUGGGAUGGUAGAGGAGCGAGGUAAAUAGGCGCUCGCGUGGCUUUGGGCUUGGAGCUAUGAGAAUUAACCAGAAUACUGUACUGCAGGGAAAGAGGGUGACCCUGGUGCCAUAUACCUCUGCUCAUGUACCCAAGUACCAUGAGUGGAUGAAGUCUGAAGAGCUGCAGCGUCUGACUGCAUCAGAGCCAUUAAGCCUUGAACAGGAAUAUGAGAUGCAGCGCAGUUGGCGGGAAGAUGCAGACAAAUGCACAUUCAUAGUGCUUGACACAGAUAAGUGGUCUAAGCAGACAACCACGGAGGAAGACUGCAUGGUGGGCGAUGUGAACUUGUUCCUCACAGACAGUGAAGAUCCAACACUUGGAGAGAUCGAAAUCAUGAUUGCAGAGGCCAGCUAUCGUGGCAGAGGAUUUGGCAAGGAAGCCACUCUGAUCAUGAUGUCCUAUGGAAUGACUCGCCUGGGACUAAACACCUUUGAAGCUAAAAUUGGAUUGGAAAAUGAAGCCAGUAUUGGCAUGUUCAAAAAGAUUCAUUUCAAGGAGGUGGGAGUCAAUGUCAUCUUCCACGAAGUAACACUCAGACUGAUUGUGGAUGAGCAAGAAAGGCAGUGGCUGCUUGAGCAAACCAGCCAUGUGGAUGAACAAUUUUACAAUGUAACGAAGCUACAGAAUCAAGUUUGUGACAGCUAAUGAGGCUUAUACGGACUCCAGAAGCAUGGGAUCUCUGCCUCCAAACUGCAUCAUGGCCUGGAUCUAUGGUGUUAGGGACCAACCGCUGGAGUAGAAAAUGCUGCGGGCUCUGUACUGCGUCAGCAUUCAACUUGACUUGCAGUAGACAUUACGAAAGUAUGAUGGGCAACAGCAACUAGAACAAACUAUCAUCUUAGGGAAAUGGUUUCUGUUGGUGAAAAUGGCAAAGUGUGAUGUAUAUAGAGCGAACUGAAUGUGUUUGGGCUGCAGUGCUACUAAGGGACAGGAAAGUUAGGCUUGUCUCCUCUGUUACAAACUGACAGUCUCAUCAUUGCCUUACCAGGGUUCUUGAUUAGGGCCUGUUUCUAUCAAAAACAUAAACUACAACCUACUCUUAUUCCGAGAGUUAAUCGGCAGCAGUCCUAGAAAUAGGUGGUUAAUGUUUGGUUGAACUGAAGUACUCAAUGGGCUUCUCUCAAAGCAUUGCAGGCUCCCAUACAGCCUCUCAGUUAUUCAUUGUGACAGCUCUUUUCUCACUGGCACACACCAGGAAGUUUGUAUGUUUCUCUUUACUAAGAUGAAAUGUGAAAACGUAAAACGUGUACACUCUUUUCUCUCA